GAGCAUGAUGGCGGCGUCUGAGGUAGCUGGUGUUGUGGCCAAUGCCUCCAGUCCUCCGGAAUCCUCUUCUAAUUUAUGUGCUUCCAAAUCAGAUGAAGGUCUCUCAGAUGGUCUAAGCCCCAAAGACCCUGCACAGAAGCAGAAGAACUUGCCUCUGUCGAGUGUAAGUAGCCAAACGAUAACCAAGGAGAAUAACAGAAAUGUCCAUUUGGAACACCCAGAGCAGAAUCCUGGUUCAUCAGCAGGUGACACUUCAGCAGCGCACCAGGCGGUUUUAGGAGAAAACUUGAUAGCAACAGCCCUUUGUCUUUCUGGCAGUGGGUCACAGUCUGAUUUGAAGGACUUGGCCAGCACAGCAGGAGAGGAGGGGGACACAAGCCUCCAGGAGAGCCUCCAUCCAGUCACUCGGUCUCUUAAGGCAGGGUGCCAUACAAAGCAGCUUGCCUCCGGGAAUUGCUCUGAAGAGAAAUCCCCACAAGCCUCCAUCCUAAAGGAAGGUAGCAGGGACACAGGCUUGGAUUUACGACUUGUAGUGCCUCCAACAAAUGGGGUUGAAGGAGUCAGAGUGGAUCAGGAUGAUGAUCAGGAUAGCUCUUCUCUGAAGCUUUCUCAGAACAUUGCUGUACAGACUGACUUUAAGACUGCUGAUUCAGAAGUAAACACAGAUCAAGAUAUUGAAAAGAAUCUGGAUAAAAUGAUGACAGAGAGAACCCUGUUGAAGGAGCGUUACCAGGAGGUCCUGGACAAGCAGAGGCAGGUGGAGAAUCAGCUGCAAGUUCAAUUAAAGCAACUUCAGCAAAGGAGAGAAGAAGAAAUGAAGAAUCACCAGGAGAUAUUAAAGGCUAUUCAGGAUGUGACAAUAAAGCGGGAAGAAACAAAGAAGAAGAUAGAGAAAGAAAAGAAGGAGUUUUUGCAGAAGGAACAAGAUCUGAAAGCUGAAAUUGAGAAGCUUUGUGAGAAGGGCAGAAGAGAGGUGUGGGAAAUGGAACUGGAUAGACUUAAGAAUCAGGAUGGUGAAAUAAAUAGGAACAUUAUGGAAGAGACAGAACGGGCCUGGAAGGCAGAGAUCUUAUCACUAGAGAGCCGGAAAGAGUUACUGGUAUUGAAACUAGAAGAAGCAGAAAAAGAGGCAGAAUUGCACCUUACUUACCUCAAAUCAACUCCCCCAACACUGGAGACUGUUCGUUCCAAACAGGAAUGGGAGACAAGACUGAAUGGAGUUCGGAUAAUGAAAAAGAAUGUUCGGGACCAAUUUAAUAGUCAUAUCCAGCUGGUGAGAAAUGGAGCCAAGCUGAGCAGCCUUCCUCAAAUCCCUACUCCCACUUUGCCUCCACCCCCGUCAGAGACAGACUUCAUGCUUCAGGUGUUUCAACCCAGUCCCUCUCUGGCUCCUCGGAUGCCCUUCUCCAUUGGGCAGGUCACAAUGCCCAUGGUUAUGCCCAGUGCAGAUCCCCGUUCCUUGUCUUUCCCAAUCCUGAACACUGCCCUUUCCCAGCCCAACCAGCCUUCCCCACCCCUUCCUGGCUCCCAUGGGAGAAAUAGCCCUGGCUUGGGUUCCCUUGUCAGCCCCCACGGUCCACACAUGCCCCCUGCCGCCUCCAUCCCGCCUCCCCCAGGCUUGGGCGGUGUUAAGGCUUCUACUGAAACUCCCCGGCCCCAACCAGUAGACAAACUGGAGAAGAUCCUGGAGAAGCUGCUCACUCGGUUCCCACAGUGCAAUAAGGCCCAAAUGACCAACAUUCUUCAGCAAAUCAAGACAGCUCGUACCACCAUGGCAGGCCUGACCAUGGAGGAACUGAUCCAGUUGGUAGCUGCACGACUGGCAGAACAUGAGCGGGUGGCAGCAAGUACUCAGCCACUUGGUCGGAUCCGAGCCUUGUUCCCUGCUCCACUGGCCCAAAUCAGUACCCCCAUGUUCUUGCCUUCUGCCCAAGUUUCAUAUCCUGGAAGGUCUUCACAUGCUCCAGCCACCUGUAAGCUGUGUCUAAUGUGCCAGAAACUUGUCCAACCCAGUGAGCUUCAUCCAAUGGCGUGUACCCAUGUGUUGCACAAGGAGUGUAUCAAAUUCUGGGCCCAGACCAACACAAAUGAUACUUGUCCCUUUUGUCCAACUCUUAAAUGACGGACCUGACUGGGAAGGAAGAAGAGGAGAAACUGAUGUGAACAGGAAGUGCGGGUUCCAGAUUUCUAAAACUCUAUAUUUAUACAGUGACAUAUACUCAUGCCAUGUACAUUUUUAUUAUAUAGGUAAUGUGUGUAUAGAAAGUCUGUAUUCAAAUGUUCGUAAUGAAAGUAUGUAUAUUAUGCAGAAAUAGUCUGUUCCCCCUCAUCUUGCAAUUCCUCUGGGGGAUGCAGAUUGUAGGGAAGAUGUUUAGUUUGGCCUUGAAAUUAUGAUAUCCCUGCCUAGAGCUGUUUUCAAAUACAUUAUAAAAACCAUCUAGGAAGCUGCUGUUGCUCUAAGGCCAUCCUGCUUUGGUUUGGCUCAGCAUCUAGUCCCAUUUUUUUAAGGCUCAUGUAUGCAGAUUUGAAGCCUGGUGCUCACCCGCUGUCCAACCAGAUGCCUUGCUUACUGAAAGCCUCUGGAAGCCUCGGUAUUAUUCUAGCUACUCUAUUCCAAAUGGAUAAAAUGAGACUGAUUUGAGGAAAAAAAUGUAACCCUAAUAGUUUGACUUUUCAUUGAAUAUUUUACUGUGUUAACGCUCACUAGUUAAACAUAGACAUUAGGUUUACAGAAUAUUGUUUUACAUCAAUUCACAGUCCGAGAAUAACAACAUAACAGGUCCCAUUUCCCCCACACCUCCCACAUGCUUUGGUCCACCCAAUUUCCUGGGUAGAAAUUAGCACAACCCAUAGAUUUUUCCUGGGCCAAGCCAUCACUUGCUGCCACACUGAUCUGGCAACUAAUCAAGCUCUGACUUCAAGGCUAACUUGUGAAGUCCUCAUUCCUUCCCAUUCACUUCUGGCCUUCUAGUCUAGCUAACCCCCCUCCCCCAUGAAGGUUAAGGCAGUUGGUUCACAACCUAGUUGUUUGUUGACCUUGGGUGAGCUCCAGACAGGCACUGGGGUGAGGUGAUGUCUGUGCAAAAUUAUUUGCAGAAUGACCUUGGGAUGCUAGGUUUUAAUUUUUGAAGGAAGAAAGUUAUGGGGGACAUGUUUCCUAUCCUGGGGAAAAUGGAGACCAAAGUGAUAUUAAGAAAGGAUGUUGGAUUUCAACUUUAUAAAUCAUUUGUUCUGUGGAUAGCUAUCUGA